AAAGAAAAAUGGUAGGAAAAAAUCAAAUCAAAUUAUCUUUGUGAAAAUAAUUAAUUAAUAUUAUUAUUAAUAAAACGCAACAGAGGUUUUAUUUAGAGUAAGGUUCAUAGAAGAAAGAGAGACCUUUUACCCAUAUCAGGCUCAGAGCCUUUCUCUCAUUCUUUUCCUUUCUACGCUUUCUCUCCUUCCUCAGACUUUUUCUUUACAUUCUUACUCAAAUUACUACCAUUUUCAUCUCAAAUCACGAUCUUAACAAGAUAAUGAAAUUCUCUAUCAGCAGCCUCAACAUUAAGGCUUUCAUCAUCGCCUUAUCCCUCUUCAUUUCUUAUUCCUCUGCACUAAAGAUUGGAGAAACCUGUUCCAAAGACAGCGAGUGUGAUUCCGGCUUGCGUUGUGAAACUUGCCCAGCUAAUGGAAAUACUCGAUCUAGAUGUACCCGGAUUCAGCCUAUCAUCCCAACUUCAAAGGUAAAAAAUUUGCCGUUUAAUAAGUACUCAUGGCUGACAACCCACAACUCAUUCGCCAGAGCUGGAGAUAAAUCGGCCACUGGCUCAUUCCUGGUCACACCUAUGAAUCAGGAAGACACUGUUGCUUCUCAACUCAAUAAUGGAGUUCGGGGGCUCAUGCUAGAUAUGUAUGACUUUCAAAAUGACAUUUGGUUAUGUCAUUCCACUGGAGGCAAAUGUUAUAACUUCACAGCAUUUCAACCUGCCAUCAAUGUGCUCAGAGAAAUCAAAUCAUUUUUGGACAAAAGCCCAUCUGAGAUUGUCACCAUCUUUAUUGAGGACUAUGUCACUUCUUCUAAGGGAUUGUCAAAUGUGUUCAAUGCCGCUGGCUUAAAUAAAUAUAUGUUCCCAGUUUCUCGAAUGCCAAAGAAUGGAGGAGAUUGGCCAACCGUUGAUGACAUGGUUCAGAAGAACCAAAGAUUGGUUGUCUUUACCUCAAAAUCAAGUAAAGAAGCUGCUGAAGGAAUUGCUUAUGAGUGGAACUAUGUGGUAGAAAAUCAAUAUGGAAAUGGUGGGAUGAUUUCGGGUUCAUGCCCAAACCGUGCUGAAUCAUCUCCUAUGAACACAAAAUCCAGAGCUCUAGUUUUGGUGAAUUACUUCCCCAACAAUCCGAACGCCUCAGCAGUUUGUUCAGAUAAUUCAGCUUCAUUAGCAGCCAUGUUGAAAACUUGUUCUGAAGCAGCUGGUUCUCGGUGGCCUAACUUCAUCGCUGUUGAUUACUACCAGAAAAGCGAUGGUGGAGGUGCCCCAGAAGCUGUUGACCAAGCUAAUGGUCAUCUCACAUGUGGGUGUGAUAACAUUUCUUUUUGCAAGGAAAAUGCAACCUUUGGUACCUGUGAUGUUCCUCCGAUUUCUCCCCCUCCCCCUGCGUCUGGUAGCACAUCACCAUCACGACCAUCACAAAGUUCGCCCAACAUGGCUGCAUUUGAUAGCAGACCAGUUACGCUUCAGUGGUUUUGUGGUAUAGUUUUGGCUACAAUGCUCUCCUUUUGGUCUUAGAUUGUGACAGUUCAUAUGUUACUUCCCUUCUAAUUCUUUUAACAGCACAAAAAUCCCUCUCUGUUUCGGCUUAGAUAUACUGUUUGGUCUCUCAUUCUUGACUUGAGCCGUUGUUGUGUUUGUAAAAUUUGGAGAAAAUCAUAUCAGACAAAAUUAGUCACUAUUGCUAGUUUACAUUUGCUUUGACUGAUAGAUAUAUGUAUACAGUUACCUCACUUCUAUCAGUUUUUGCAUAUGUAUAAGAAUAACAUACAUACACAUAUGUAUGUAUGUAUUCAUCUGUAUUUAAACUUCAUGUGUGUAUCUGAGAUUUGUACUUCCUUUGUUGGAUGAUUGAAAGCUCUACACGCAAAUUAUUGGGCUACAUUAUUUCACAAGUCA